AGUUCUCAAUACAUAGGAGUCAAAAUUUUGGGUAAAAAAUUAUGCUAAGUAUAAGGUUCCCGCUUUUACUUAGAGUUUUGUAUCAAAAGGAUGCAUGUUUAAGUAUUUAUUCCCUUGGACAUUUGACAAGCUAAAGUUGUCUCACGGAAGUUAGUGAUGCAGAAUAUUGCAUGCAAGAAUUGACAACAAAAGUUACAAGAUAAAAUUCUUCAGAUACCUAGAGCAGGAUAGACAAUCACUUUUCAAACCGCAAAGAUUAGAUCUAUAGUUUAGUAUUUUGUUCAAACGUCUUCAAACUCCCUUUCAUUAGCCUUAUAAGAGGAGCUUUGGAGUCAUCCCUCAUCAGCAUGAGGAGUUGAAGCAACUCAAGUUCCAUCCUAAACAAGAGGAGCAUACAUAUAGGAUAUAACUCUAGAUGCCCUUGCUUCCCAGAAAUAUUACAUCAACAGCAUAGAAGCAAACUAGUUUGUCAGACGUCAGACUUGAAUUUCUCAAAUUGACAAGAAGCAAGGUGAGGGCAAAAAGCAGAUGUAUCAACAUCAACCUCAUCAGAGCCACAACAACCUCAUUUCUUCCAGGAUAGCAGCUCCUUCAGAGAGGCAAUUGUUUCUGCAGAGAGGAAGUACUACAGGAGAGUCGGGACUAGUUCUUUCAACUGAGGCCAAGCCUAGACUUAAAUGGAACCCUGAGCUCCAUGCAAGAUUUAUAGAGGCGGUGAACCAACUCGGUGGAGCAGACAAGGCGACCCCGAAAACAAUCAUGAGACUCAUGGGAAUUCCAGGAUUAACCUUGUACCAUCUAAAAAGUCAUCUUCAGAAAUACAGGCUUGGUAAAAACCUCCAGGCUCAAACAAAUAUCAGAAGUACUAAAAAUAUUUUUGGGUGUUCACUAGCAGCAGAAAGGACACCAGAGGAUAAUGGAUCGUCAAGGAACAUUGCAGCCCCCACAAACAAAACCAUGCAGAUAAAUGAAGCAUUUACAAAGCAAAUUGAAGUACAGAAACAGUUACAUGAACAACUUGAGGUGCAAAGACACUUACAAGUACGAAUAGAGGCACAGGGAAGGUAUUUGCAGUUGGUGCUGGAGAAGGCCCAAGAGAGACUUGAGAAGCAGAGCUUAGGUUCUGUAGGGCUGGAAGUUGCCAAAGUCCAACUCUCGGAGCUGGUCACUAAAGUCUCAGGUGAAUGCUUUGGCAACUCAUUUCUAGGUGUGGAAGAAAUUCCUGUCCUGCAUAUGUCACAACUAACUCCAGCCCACUUUGCUGAUUGUUCAGUAGACAGUUGCUUGACUUCUGAUCGAUCACAAAAGGAGCAAGAUACACAUGACACCACUAUAGGGAUAAGAGCCUGUCAUAAAGAUUUGCCCUCAUGCAUGAAACAAUUUGGAGAGGACAAGCUUGAACAGACUCAACAUGCAUGGUGUGGUGAUCUGAAUGAGCAGAAGAUCUUUAGUUCUGUUCCUGAGGUACAAAGAAAAGAAAACAAUGAAGAUAGGUUACUUGAACACCCAAGCAGCAAUAGAUCAGUAGUCAGACAGGAGACUAAAAAGCAAUCAGAUGGUUUUGGACUGUCAUGUCUUACAACAGAACUAGAACUAAAAAUCCAUGAAGAUGAUGAAGGUGCAUCAGGUUGUAAACAAUUUGAACUGAAUGGCUUUAGUUGGAACUGACAGAAUGCUCGUGGAAGAGAAAGAUAGAAAGGAUGGUAAAAAUCAACAAAAUAAGUUGAUCCAGAGGAUAAAGUCUAGUGAACAAACUGAGGAUGCAUUACGGUGAACAAGUAUCAAAGAGAAUGUAAUAGAACAUCAUGUUGUCAAGGGUUCAUAAUUCGCAUUAUGGCAAUGUAACAAGUAGCAUCA